AUGACGAGCCACAUCCCACAUCAUUACGAAAACGAAAACACAUUUCAGCUCGGUCUGGACGAUCUCCAAGGCUACUCCCCAGUCACGCAAAGCUUCAACAUCAACGCCUAUCGCACGCAAUACCCCGACAGCAAUGCCACAUCUAGAUCGUCAGCCACAUCGCCCGAUCCUACCAAUGCAAGCUUGCUCAACGAUCCCGUAGUUGUCGAAGCUGAAGAAGAUAAGCGAAAGCGCAAUCAAGCCGCUUCCGCGCGUUUCCGUCAAAAGAAGAAGCAGCGUGAGCAACAGCUCAUGGAGGCAACUCGUGAGAUGCAAGCCCGGACCAAGAAGCUGGAAGCGGAGAAUGAUGGCUUGAAAAAAGAGAAUAUGUUCCUGAAGAAGUUGCUGGUGGAAAAGGUGGACCACAUGAGCGAUGAAGAGCGCGAGUUGCUGAAAAAGGCGGCUGAAGGUGUUCUGACGGGGCCUUCUGAAGAAAGGUCUUAAAUGGUCGUGAAGAAAGUGCCGAGGUCGUACCGAAUCGCUUCUCUCCGAGAUAUGGAACUACGCAUACUGAAUGUCGAAAGAUGUAAUCCUAAGAAACGUAUGAGUGGGCAAUGGCGUUGCUUUCGAAUUUCGGGCGUCAAGGAAUUGUUUCACUAACUUAUGGGGUAUGGGAUUUCCUUCGUUCAUUCACACAACCGGGAUCAUGCGAGAUGAGAUUAUUUUGUUAGGGUUUACCGGAAUUUUUUCAAGAUUCUUCUAUCGAGUUGCUAGACUCGAGAGUAAUAACUAUGAUCCAUAACAAUGAUGAUACACAAGUCGA